AUGAGUUCCGAAGAGAAAAGGUUAAAAGUUAGUGGGAAAGGUUCCUGGAAGGUCUGGACGCCUGAGGCGGUGUUGCGUGCAGCUUUUUCUCAGCCUUCGGCAGCACUGCGACAAGUCGCAGCAGAAAUCGAUGGCGCGAGUCCAUCGCAAGUCCAGGCCUGUCGGCGCCUUGUGUCCCAAGUCAUUUUGAAGGAACAGGACAAGGGUUUGGCGCAGCUGAAAGGUCAAGCUCGGGCCCUGGCAAUAGAAGGAAUCAAGCCUGCCUUCUGGAUUCUGAACUUAAUGUUUGAUGAGACCGAACUUGAAGUUAACCUGGAUAAGGAAGGGCCAGGGGCUUGGUCAAUUUUGGCUUCCCAUUCGCAGUUGACCGUUAGCUUUCCAGGUGAGCACCCUGAGGUUCGUGAUUUCGAUUUUAUCCGCCUUCCACAAGCGCUGCCCCGCAAGACUGCCUCCUGCAUGUGGUCAGCGUUGUCCCUAGAGACAGGUGGUCUUGGACCGGGUAAUCUUUUCACGCAGGCAGAGUACCCUUGUGUGUUGGUCACAUGUGAUCAAGCAACAGCCAACAUAAAACUUCUAAAGAGCUUGCACGCCAGUCUGCCCAAGAAUUGUUUCUUGUUGCCCAUGCUGUGUGCCCAACACCGCAACGGCAAUGUUGUGGAGCAAGUAACAAAGCUGUUGGGCAUUUUGCCAGGUUCUUAUUGCCUAGCAAAGACCACCAGCAAAGGCAAACUCUUCAGCGACCUGAAGAAAGCAGUGAAGCGUUUGGCAGAUGAGAAUCCUGGCUUGCGUCCUGGGAGCUCAGCUCUCAUCAAGAAGUUUGUGGAGUUCUUCAACGGCCCGUGGUCAGGACCGACUGCUGCAUAG